GAAGCAAAACAUCGAUAUUUUCGAUGCGUCGAUGUUUUUCUGACUUCUCUACGCGCUUCUAAUUAUCGUCCGGCUUAAAUCGUAAUUAUAAAUAUACAUACAUACAUUCAUGGCGCAUCCAUACUCCUUGCAUACAUCAAAAUAGAAUUAAAAGAAAGCCAAAACAUUUUCGGUGUUUUUAUGACAUGUGGAUUCUCAGGAACUUACUGCCAUUGAAGAUAAAGCUACUCUCUGUGUAUCUAUUUUUAUAUUACUGCAAUAAAGUUGCUGCAAGUAUACCUGAGGAUAAUGGUGUUCGAUCUCAAGUGACAUUUAUGGAUCCAGGAACAAUAGUAGACUAUAAGCCAAAGUCGCGUCACAGAGGAUUUUUCGAAAAUGAUAUGCGAAUAUAUUGUUACCGUGGGUCUCUUAAGGAUUUGACUCGCUUUUUUGAAAAUGUUGAACUCAAUUUGGAGAUCGAAGGCGAUGAAUAUACGCAAUAUGAAGGUGUAACACCUAUGGAAGUCCGCCAGCAUUUUGAAGAAAGGCGGUCAUUGUUUAACUUCAAUUUAUUCAAUCAGAAGCGUGCUCGUCUGCAGCUGUCGCCUUUCAAGCAGCAAUGUAUUGGUAUCGACACCACUUUGCCUUACCGCGUUCGCCUACUGCAAAUUCGAGUUGACAACUUUCGUGUUCUAGAACUUGCGUUGGGUAUCAGCAUUUUUGUUUUCGCCGGAAAACUUAGCGAUAACUCAUUAUUCUUUUAUUUUACGGGUAUUGCUUUCGGCAUAUGUUCAUCGUUUAUGCUUCUGAUUUGGCUAUCUAGCAAGUUAAUGCCUCGACGCCCUAUGGUUUAUGGAAUGCUUAUCGGUGGUUGGGCGCUUGGUGUUUAUAUUAUUCAACGACUUUGGGAAAACCUCCAUUUAAUUUUUCAAAUGUAUCGCGUAUAUGUCCUUUGGUAUAUCUUUUUAACGGGGCUACUGUCAUUUUUUUUCUGUUACCGUGUGGGACCUCCUAAAAAUCGGAGAUCGAAAAAUAUAAUAAAAUGGAUAUUGCAAAUAAUGGCAUUAGCUUUAAUUUAUAUAUCAAGCCAGUAUGAAGAAGCCAGUGCCGCAAUAGGGGUUCUCACUAUCGUAGUAAAUUAUUUCCCGUAUUAUAUAUUUCACAAACUUCUCAAGAUAUACAGACGGUUCUUUCCACCUAAAAGGCGUUUGCUAACCAACGAUGAAUUUUAUGAACAAGGAGUUAUAGAAACUUCAAAGGCAUUAAACGAACUGCGAGCGUUUGCAAGUAGUCCUGAUUGCAAUCAGUGGAAGAUUAUAUCCAAACUCAGAGAUCCGUUGCGUUUUGCUGCUUUUGUUGAAGGUGAUUCUCACCUACGUGACGAAGAAAUGUCAAACUUUGAAAGUUUCAGUCAAGGGCACCAACUUGAUGAAACUGACCUGAGUGAACAGGAAGAUGAAAAAACUCUAAAGCAAUGUCAAAGCAGAAAUUUAGCUUACUACAAUUGUAAAAAUUUGCCAAGGGAAAUAUGCAAACCAAGAAGAAAUAUAGUAUAUGAAGAAAUGAGCGAAGAAGAGAGUGACAGUGCUGAUGAUAACCUGGGAAAUGAAGAAAUUGUGAACGCCAACAAAGCAAAGGAUUUCACUAGCAAUAUUAAUAACAAAAAUCAAUCAAAUUCUAUGCGAAGCAGCGUGCGACAAUUUUACUCUGACGAAUUUGGUAAAACACGAUUCGCAGAGACCUACAAUACGCAUUCUCGGAAGAAGCGUCUAACUCAAGACUGUCAGCAACAAGCGCAAUUUAUUCCAGGUAUUUUUCCAAAGAGACCAUACAGUGACCCAAAUGAAUCUGGCGGCUCGGAAAGCGAUGAUUAAACAACACCUGCAGGGGUAAAUCGAAAAGCUCAACAUUUAACCAUUGUCACCUCAACGUUGUAGGGCAGUUUUGCUACUCCCAAAUAUAUGAUUUUUCAAGCAUGUUGCCUUCCUACCAUACUUUCUUUAAAUUUUGUAUGUUAUGCAUACAUAAAACCCCAUUAAAAUGUAUUUAUUAACAUAUUGUAUGAUAAUUGAAUAUACGGUGCCCCUAUUAUACAUCUAGCUAAAACAAGUAAUUUUUAACCAAAAAAACACAACCGACUUCUAUGCCUAUAUACAAAUUUAGGAAGACUGUUAUUUUAUUCAUGGUCCAAUCGUCAGAACUAAACCAAAUAACGAUGGGACCACCCGUCAAGCGCCACCUUUCCCAUAAAAACGGAUUUAUUGAAAACGCUCCAUCCUUAUGAUAAUAUAAUUUAAAAUUGUUUUCAAGAAUAA